UUUUCGUUUAGCAACCGCCGUAGAUUUGAUGAUGAUGAUGAUGAAGAAGAGGGGGCAGGCAGACAGCUGGAAACAGCCAAAGUGAGCCGCUCCCCCAGCAGUCAGUAAACUGGAUCAAACGGAGACAUUACCGGACAGCUCGGUGGGACGAUCACCGAUCACGGGAUGCACGUUUUUACAACUUUUAGCCCACUAGCUAUUUGGACAGCUCCCUGACAAACUGAGUGAACACUGUUGCUUCCAGUUUUAGCAUAGGUAACGUCAGCUACAACGUUAGGUAUCUAGCAAAGCAAAGGCUAAAGGUAACCUCGGUGUUUUUUUUUUUGUUGUUGUUGUUUUGCUUUCUUUUUUUUUACAUCGGUGUUUACGAUUGGAGGCGGUAUCCGUUAGCCCCGUUAACUUACUCAGCCUGUCACGUUAUCGACAAAACGCCAGGUGGUCGGUUAACGUUACUCGGUAAAGAUGGGUGACAUAAACCCAUCGACAUCCCACGCAUUUCAAUCAGAGGGUUUCAGUCCGCCAUACAGGAGGAGGAGGACAGUUGAAGAUUUUAAUAAGUUUUGCACUUUUGUCUUGGCCUAUGCUGGUUACAUCCCUUACCCCCAAGAGGACUCGCCACUACGCAGUAGUUCCAGCCCCCCCAACAGCACAGGCAGCACAGCAGACAGUGAUGGCUGGACCCCGGGACCCUCACCCUCCUGCCCCCAGCGCCCCUCCAAGGUCCCCCAGGACAGGAGCAGGAAACGUCCACAGCCAGGGGCCACGCUGUCCAGUCACACCAAGAAAGAUCACACAAUCACCACCCUGCAUCCAGAUGACCGCAGGAAAGCUGAUAAACUGAAGAAGAAGAAAAGGAGAAAGGAGAGGGAGCAUCAGGCUGGUGAGGACAGUCAGCAGGUCCAAUCGACAGUCCCAGAACUGCAGUCCCCCUUCUCCUUUGGUGGCCGAACAAUCAAAGAAGAGCCUGAUGAUGAUAUCAGCAUCCCCCUCCAUCCUCAGCACCUGCCCAGCCCACCCCCCUGCAAAGAGGAGCCCAAAGAGGAGCCCAAGGAAGAGCGUCGGAACUGGGACGGUCGAGACCUUGAAGAAGGGGUGGUAAAGGUACAGAAGGUGGAGGGCUUUUCGGGAAGCAGAACAGUGUUCCGCCAGGGGAAACAGGUGGUGUUCCGAGACGAAGACGGAUCAGGAGAGGAUGAGGACAUCAUGGUAGACUCAGAUGACGACUCGUGGGACCUGGUGACGUGUUUCUGCAUGAAGCCUUUUGCUGGCCGGGCCAUGAUCGAGUGUAACAAGUGUAACACCUGGAUCCACCUGUCGUGCGCCAAGAUCCGCAAGAGCCAUGUGCCAGAGACAUAUGUGUGCCAGAGCUGCCGAGACACUCACGGACCCCCAGAUGCCCGCCGCUCCCACCGCUCACGCGUAGGCCCGCGCAAACAUCUGCUAGACUGACCCCAGGCCGAACCUUGAACUCUGACCCCCUCCACUCCUGUGUCCCCUCCACCUGCUGGACUGACCCUUCCUCAAAUUCAGGUCUUGCACCCUUCAGCAGUCUGUCCUUCAUGGUCAGCCAUGAACCCACAUUUUCUAUAAACACUUUGGUGGACCUAUCCCAAGCCCUUAUCCCAUUUGAAAACCGUUUGAGUGCUAUUUUAGAUUUACUAAGGUUUGUUUCUGCUUCCCUACAGACUCUGUGCGUAAGGCAAUCACUGAAUGGAUGUCUGUCUGUAGAUGACAUUAGCAUAGCAGCAAACCGCUACUGUUGGGACUCUGUGUCUCGUGAACACUGGAAACAUUUGAACUGCCAUAUAGAGAAAAUACCCUCACAACUGCCACCCACUAUGGUGCAUGCUGGGAUUUAUGGGAAAGACGGUUUGCACUUUUUCUCACGUUUAAAAGAAAAAAAAAAAAAAAAGAAAAAAAAAAUCCAUCUGACCUUUCUGUGAUAGGGACAGGUAUGUCUUUCUGAUUAAACUGGAUUUGAUUUCCUCUAAGAUGCCUCUAUUAAUGUUACACAAUUAACCGUUUAAAAUGAGAAAACAAGUUAAGCCUUGUGUUUAUUGCUUCAGAUGGUGCUAUAGUAUUAAGCUGAGGUAUAAUCCAAUAGAACAAAGAUGUAGAGUCUGCAUCUGCUUCAUCUGUUUGUUGUUCUGUUUUGUUAUUUAAGACAUUGUGAAAAGAAUAUCAUUGAGGCUUCAAGCCCCAUACAACUGAACCAAGCGCUUGUUCCUUUCGUUCUUCACAAGCUGUCUUCCAGCCUCGGCCGCUACUCUUGAGUCGAGAUGUUAUUGGGCCACCCGUGGAGCUUUCACACACUUUGCUUCUCAAAAUUGCUUAAACAGUGUUCUUUUUUUCCUGUUUCUGGCAAUUUUUUUGUUUUUCAUAAUAAAGAAUUUGUUAUUUCAUAGUUUAAAAAAAAAAGCCAGACAAUAGACAAGAUUCAGAUAAGUCAGUUGGUUUUCAGUAAAGGUGUUUUCUGUUGCCUCUGGUCAGUGAUUUUUGCUGAACUUCAGACAGGGUUGGACAGUGGUAUUGUUCAUGAAUACUUUUAUUUUCCAUGCCUUGAAUUGUAUUUCUGUUAGUUUUCAACGGUUUCAUGCUCAAGACAAAGUUUUCAGAGACAAAUAUAUUUAUAGAAGGGAACUUCUAUGGCCGUCCUGUUAAAGUAUCAACAGAAAAAGCUAUCUAGUUAACUGGAAUAGUAUUGUUAGAGAGAUUCUCUAAAGAGUCCAGUUGAAAUUAUGCAUGUGAGUGUGUGGUUUUUUUUUUUUUUUCUUUUUUUUUCUUUUUUUUUUUGAAUGGUUAAAAACUGUGUGAGGGUGUUUGGCAAUGCAUGUGCUGCUAUGAGUUGACUCAACUAAGCUCCGUGGUUUUUGGCCUUUUGUAAGAUGGAGAAAUGGAUAUCUGCAAAGUACCAUGGGCAGGGUCGGUUUGUUUUGUUUGUCUCUGAAGGGUCAGAUCAGAAGAGCAGAUCUCAAGUCCCUCAUCACCUCUCACUAAAGUUUUCACAGCAGUAUUCAGUUACUUCCAUAUGCAGCAGGUUUGAUGGAAAAAUGUUUUUUUUAAGGGCACCUUUUCCCUAAAACUUGCUGCAAUUUGGAUGAAAUAUUUUUAAGUUUUGUUAUUCAUGUGCCAUCUGCUGUUGGGCCUGUCUGUGUAGGCUGCAUGUUGUUUCUGAUUAUAUAAAAGCCAUACUGUAGAGCAGGGGUCGGCAACCUUUUGGAUGUCCCGUGCCACUUUACAGUGUUUAAAAAAAAAAAAAAAAUCACAGACCCGAGUGCCAGUUCAUUUUCAUAAUGAGCAUUUAUCUAUUUAUUUAUUUACUGCUGCUUGUCUCCCCGUCUAGAUUCCGCAUGCCAAAAGAUCUACGCUCUACACACGUGCACUCUCUAUAUUAUGUGUACAAUACAAAAGAAAAUUGAUUCAAUCUUACCAAUUUAGUGCGACCCUUGCCCCUGCUUUUCUUUGCUGAGCUGCAUAAUCUCUGGUCCAUAUUUGGAGAGCGUGGGACUCAAAAUUGACUUCAUAUGUGAGAAUAUCUGUUCGCACAUAUACGUGGAUCCAAAUAUUUAAAUCAAUGUGAAGGCCACCUUCUUCAAACAGUCAAACUUCUCUGGGAAGCUUUCCCAACAGGCCAGAAUGGAGGCCCCUUGAUUGAUGUCGGCAGUUGGCAGUUUUCAGUGUUUUGCGCAGCUGUGUGAAUUUAGUGAGGAUGCGUUUAGUUCUGUGUGCUGCAUUUCAAACUCCUCAAUCUUCAUCCGCUGAAACAGAGACAUGCUGUUCUCCCUCAAGUGUUCUGGGUUUAUCAAAAAAACAAUGGGCCGUGUUGCCGGAAGUCCUGAAAUUUGGUACAGAACUCCCGACUUCAGCUCUUGCAUGUACAUGCUGAUGUCAUGGCACUUGAUGGUUUGAUGCCCUGACAGCACCUUCAGGUGCUCAAAGUAACGAGAGGUUCCACUUUGAAUGUCAUGCAAGUAGAGUCCAAUCUACGCCACAAAUGCCAUCCAUGCAUCAGAGCCUCCGCUGUCUGGCCUGCGCCUUGCAGCUGUAGGUUGUACUUGUUGAGGUGGCCUGUGAUCUCCGUUAACAACAUGAGUUUCACAAGCCAUUUCUCAUCCUACAGCUCAGGGUAGUCUUGCUCCUUCUCGAUCAGAAAGGCCUUGAUCGCAUCAAAGCACUCUACAAACCGUUCCAAAACCUUACCGCCACUCAGCCACAUAACACUGAAGUGGAGUAGCAAAUCCUUGUGAAUACUGUCCAUCUCCUCCAGCAGAGAUCUGAACUGGAGUGGAAUGAGCCACAAUAUAGUUAACCAUUUUCAAACAAAUUUUCCUGGUGAAUAAUGCAAUGAAACUGAUAUGAUUUUCAAUCAGUCAGGAAUCCCUUCUGCUUCCCUGCUAUGGCGGUUGCUCCGUCAGUGGUAACAGCAAAUAUUUUCUUUAUCAACUCUUCUCUCCUGAGGAAUGAUCAGUAAAUGCUUUUGCCACAUCCUCCUCUUUAGUGGUGCCAUGCAUGGGCUUUAAACAACAAAGUUCCUUGCGUAUCUCUCUUUUGUCACAAUAUCUGCUAACCACUGCUAGACGUGGAACGUCGUUUACAUCCACACUCUUCAUCAAGAGCUACGCUGAAUACCGAUGCAUCUUGCAAUGCAAGGGUUUGCUGGUGCCUUAUGUUUUCAGCCCUGUCGGUAAUGCGCCUGUCUAUAGUUCUAGCAGAAACGGGUAUUUCUUUGAUCCUGUUGAUUGUGUCUUUGUUUGGUAGGCCAUCAAAUAUGACAUCUGAACUGCUGAGGAAAGCCUCCUUUAUAUUCUCUCCAUUGGAGAAUGGCUUCCUAUGUUUAGCAAUGCACCGUGCAACUUUAUAGCUGCCCUCUGUAGUUUGGUUUUUGGCGGCACACUGCCUUGCUUCCCAUACUGGGCCACUGCCCUCUUGAUUUAUUCAGCUUUAAUAGCCUUAUCUUUGAAGUUUUUCUUGUGCCUUGUUUCAAAAUUACGUUUUACACUUCGACACACAUUUUCGCAGCAGAGUGCACACAGGUCGGUCCUUUUGUGAAAUAAUUCCGAAUUUGUUUGUUCAAAAUAGCUGAAAGAGGCGUAUAUUAGAUAACCUUUUUUUGCUUCUGCCAUCAUCAAUUGUUCUCGAAAUAAAGCAAAAAAGAAAGCUAGCUUGCUAGCCUACGUUUUCACUACCGCUUAAUGCUGCGCUCAUUGGCAGAUCAGAGGAAGGAGGGGUGAUGGACCACGUCAUUUGUUUGCGCUCUCUUGCUGUCAUUAAUUAUUGCUGUCAUUAUUAAUUAAUGAUUUAAGUCUUUUAAAUCAAAUGGAUCUAGUUCAUCAUCAGGCUAUAUUUUAAAAAAUUCUAACUUAAAAAAAAGCAAAUACAAUUUUUUUUUAACUGAAUUGCUCCGCAUGCCCACAGUGGGCACGCAGAGAAAUUCAAUAAAAAAUAUAUGCCAUAGGUUGCCAACCCCUGCUGUAGAGUGAUUUUAGACCUAGAACCUUGGAUAUUAGUCCAGGAUGGGGUUUUACAAUGCAGAAUCAAUGACUUGACCAGGGAACGACUAACACAUAAUGAAUGUGGUUUGUAAAGAACACAAGACUUUCCAAGAGUUUAAAGUGGUUAAGCUCAUCUCUGCACUCUUGUCUUCUGGCAUUUACAAAUGUGUGGUUAACUGGUUUGUACCCAGCAAUUACCCAGGUCAUGAUGUUUUCUAAGACGUUUCAAGACCUAAAAUCAUUUGCUGUUUCUCAGGACAUGCACUGUAUGUCUUGAAGAGAGCCCGAAGACAUAUUCUGGCACAAAUUCCUAAUUUUAGUCCGCGUCUUAAAGACAUCAGUGUAAUUAAUGUUAACAAUGCUCAUUGUGAUACAGCUCGUUUAUUCUGAUCCUGGGUUGUCCUAUCCCCUUAUUGAGAAAGCGUUGUCUGUACUGUGGUGCAAACUGUUUCUGUGAAACUAUUGUAAACUAUUGUAAAUAAAGAGUUACCAUUUUAACCUGUUGCUUUUUUGUUGUUCAUAAUACCACAGUGCAUUUUCUAUAACAACUUGAAAUCAAACACUACAUCUGGAUUUGUUCAUAUUUAUUGUAGUCUUUACAGGAUGGAGAACACAGGCUCUUCAACCAUACAGUACACAUACUAACGUGGGUCAUUUUGGAUGAUGGGUUGGAAUGUAACUGCAGGGAGCAGUCUUUCUGCUGGCCUCACGGUGGCGCUAGAGCAGAGGUGACCAGCACACCCGUCAAAACACUUUACAGCACAUUUCAAACAACAGAGAAAAGACAAACACUACAAACAGAAUCAGUGCAAAAAGUCUCUCGUAAUAGUGACUCCAAUCCAAAUGCAGAUCAAGUUCAAUACAUCGUUAUUGUGAAUCUCACUGGAGUUAUGCAUCUCAAUGCUUCACAUUAUAUUCUUGAGACUACCCACUAUCUACUAGUUUGGCAGGCCAAUCAAAGUACUCCCACCUACUGAUGGCGAAACCAGAAUCAGAUGACUAUUAAUUCAACUGGAGUCGUCACCAUUUCCUUAAUUCACCCUAUGAAGUUCAGUUAAAAGAUAACUAGAGCUACACUUAGAGCUUUCAGCACUGAUUCCAUGACAGCUAAACUCUAAUUUUGGUUUUAAACACUGUACAUUUUGUGCAAAAUAUUACUUUUGUAUUCAAUAAAAUACCAUUUGUAUCCUUCAGUAGUGGUUUUCAGGGAUUCCCUGUAGUCCAUGACAUGGUUCCCCUACAAAAUAAGGAAUAACUGACUAACUCUUGAACUUCCCUUUAUAGUUACAGUAUUAAUCCACCUAAAGUUAAGAACAUCAUAGCUACUGACACAAAUAGUCAAUUGGGAUAAGGAAUAAAAUCUGAUUAGAAGGGAAAUGUGUAUUUAAUGUAGUGUGCAUCUGAUAUUUAAAAAAAAACAA